AUGCCUUUCCUACAGUCCCUAGCCGAGCGCUGGCCAAUUCCCUCCGUUCGCGAUCUCGAAGCCUCCCACUUCGAAACCCAAAGCGGCCCAUACCCAGAAUUCGAGCACUUCGGCGAGAAGCCUGCUCCGGCCGAAGAACAAGGAGAAGAAGCACAGCCGAGUAAACUAGAGCAACGGGCCGCCAGCUCAAUCUCCUGGCUCAGCAGAACUUUCGCACGCUCCCAAGCAACCAUCAACCACAAACGCGAAGCCCUACUUUCGAGCUCAAGAGAAAGUUCGAGCGGUCGAUCUUCGACGGAUGAUGUCGAGUCCCAGGUCUCAACAGAUGCCAGCACGCUGCUCGAGAACGAAGACGAGGCGAAGGUAGUAGUGAAGAAGAGCAGCAGUCGCGUUGACGCUCGACUGAUCUCCGAUGCCAUCAUAGGCCUCUCGGACGGUCUGACAGUUCCCUUCGCCCUAACAGCAGGCUUGAGCGCAUUGGGAAACACCCAAGUCGUGAUCUUCGCUGGUCUAGCUGAGUUGACUGCUGGUGCCAUCUCAAUGGGCCUGGGUGGAUAUCUAGGUGCCAAGAGUGAAGAGGAAUCGUACAAAGCCACCCUGACCGAAACCCGCCACCUCGUGUCCACAUCUUCCACCAAUGCCGCAACCUCAAUCAAAGAAGUCUUCGAGCCCUACGAUCUGCCUCAGAACCUAUCAGAAGGCCUGACAUUCCACCUCGCCAAAUCACCUCAUCUCACCCAAUUCCUCAUGCACUUCCAGCACUCGCAGCCUGAGCAAGCCGCCUCGAGGGCGAUCACUUGCGCCAUGACGAUCGCAUGCGGCUACUUUCUGGGAGGAUUUAUCCCGCUUCUGCCUUAUUUCUUGGUUGGAAAGGAUGAAGUCAUGCUAGCGCUUUGGUGCUCUCUGGGCGUGAUGGCUGUGAGUCUGUUCGUGUUCGGGUAUGGUAAGACUUGCUUCGUUUACGGAUGGCAUGGCUCGAGGAAUGUCUGGGAAGGUACGAAAGGUGGGUUGCAGAUGAUUAUCGUGGGCGGUCUAGCUGCUGGAUGUGCUAUGGGCCUGGUGAGAUUAUUCCAUGGUCUUGGCGAGUAG